AUGCAUGCUCUCUCAACUGCAUUCUUGAUGUGUUCUAGCCGAAAGAUGGACGAUGAAUUGGGAAACACACCCAAUGUAAUCCAAAGGGAAAUUGCAUGUAUAGUCGCGUCUCUAAUCACAAUGAUCAUGCUCCUAUGGACCAUCCACAGCGGAAUCACACUUGCAAGCAAACCCAGAAGAGAUAGUAGCUACAACGGCUUCGCUUUCUUCAUCGGACUGGCCACCAUUGUCUUAGGGGUCACAUAUUGUAUCCUUGGCGUCGCAAUAGUGGCAGACCUGGUGUUAGACUUGUCGGGAAAAUUGCAGCAGGAAGAGGACAAAAAAUGUGGUACUCAGCAACAAGGUACCAGNGUGAUCCUUGGCGUCGCAAUAGUGGCAGACCUGGUGUUAGACUUGUUGGGAAAAUUGCAGCAGGAAGAGGACAAAAAAUGUGGUACUCAGCAACAAGGUACCAGCACUAUGCUAAUGGCUCGUAGGAAUGAUGAAGCAGGAAGGGAGAAGAAGACAACUGCUGAAGAUAUUGGCCAUAUGAUUGCAACAACAAUCUCACUGUUCAUGCUUCUCUGGGCCAUUUACGCUGGACUCAGGCUAGCAAUUGAACCAAGCCCAGAAGGCAAAUAUAUACAGCUAGCCUACUCGAUUGGAGUAGUCACUAUUGCCUUUGGUAUGAUAUAUUUUAUCAUUGGGCUUGCUGUAGUUGCAGACUUGGCACGAAACUUGUUGGGCAGCAUGUAG